GCCCGCAAGCCACCCCAGCCACCUGUACCUCCAGCGGGGGGAGCCGGCCGGGAACACGGCCUCGCCGGCUCCAGCGGAGGCCGAACACGAGCUGCCUUCCAGUUUCCGUCGCCCUCCGGCAGGUGCUCGCCCUCUCCGGGGCCGGGCAGCCUCAGCCCCAGCCCCAGCUCCAAUCUCAGCCCCAGCCUCAGCCCGGCGCCGCCUCGCCCCCCGUCCCCCCGCUCCCUCCCGGGUCACCCCCGGCUCCCCCGGUCCUGGACGAGGCUCCCGGGCAGGCUGCGAAGGGCCCGGGGAAGGCGGGGGGGGGGUCCGGGAGGGAGGCAGCGGGGCACAGGGCGCCCCGAGCGGGCUCUGUCAGGGAGCCGGGAUUAAGAAAACGCGAGGCAAACAAACAGGGGGGAAAGAAAAUAAAUCCCAGAGCGAAGCAGGAUAAAAGCCGGCAGCUGCGGGUCCUCCUGCGAGCCGAGCAUCCCCCGGCCCGCUCCUAGCAGGAUUGUUCCCAGGCUCGGCUCCCCCCUCCAGGUGCCCGGGGGGGGCUUCGCAGGACGGGGCGGGCCGGAUCCCCCAAAUGCCAGUGGGAAAAUGCCCCCCCCAACCCCAUCUCCCCCGCGCCCCAUCCCCGCCUUACCUCUCCCCUCGCCCCCCGCCCUCCGGGGCCGGGGUCCGGUCCCCGCCGUGCCCUCGCCCCCCCGGUGGGCGGCCCCCUCCCUUCGUCCCCGUGCCCCCCGACGGGGCGGGCCUCGCCGGGGGCGGGCCGUCGGGCUUGAGGCUGUGCCGCGGCGUGGGAAAGCGCCUCACAGAGGGUUUGCUCUGCUGGCGGUGCGGAGCCGUGCCGAGCCGUGCCGAGCCGAGCCGGAGCCGUUCUUCCUCCCCCCCCCCCAAUCCCCCCUCUCCACGGCCCGAAGCUCCCGGAUUUAUUUAUCUCUGCCCCCGGCCCGGCUCCGAGCUGCGUCCCCUGCCCGCCAUGAAGCGACCUUGCGAGGAAACUACCUCAGACAGCGACAUGGACGAGACUAUAGACGUGGGGAGCGAGAACAACUACUCCGGGCAAAGCAAUAGUUCUGUGAUCCGAUCGAACUCCCCAACAACAACGUCUCAGAUCAUGGCCCGAAAGAAAAGAAGAGGGGGAUCUGCCAAAUUAGAAAAAGCGGAAAUACUGCAAAUGACAGUGGAUCAUCUGAAGAUGCUUCAGGCGACCGGAGGUAAAGGUUAUUUCGAUGCUCACUCCCUGGCCAUGGAUUUCAUGAGCAUCGGCUUCCGGGAGUGCUUGACCGAAGUCGCCAGGUACCUGACGUCCGUGGAAGGCCUCGACACCUCCGACCCGCUGCGCGUCAGGCUGGUGUCCCACCUCAGCACCUGCGCCUCGCAGAGGGAAGCCGCCGCCAUGACCUCCUCCAUGGCCCACCACCACCACCCCCUGCACCCCCACCACUGGGCAGCCGCCUUCCACCACCUCCCGGCCGCCCUGCUGCAGCCCAAUGGACUCCACGCCCCCGAGGCCGCCCCGUGCAGACUCUCCUCGGAUGUGCCUCCCCACGGCUCCGCGCUGCUCACCGCCACCUUCGCCCACGCCGACGCCGCCCUCAGGGUCCCCUCCGCGGGCAGCGUGGCUCCCUGCGUCCCCCCGCUCUCUACCUCUCUCCUCUCCCUCUCAGCCACCGUUCACGCCGCCGCUGCCGCUGCCACCGCUGCUGCCCAGAGCUUCCCCCUCUCCUUCACCGGCGCCUUCCCCAUGCUGCCCCCGAGCGCAGCCGCCGCCGCCGUGGCAGCAGCUACGGCCAUCACCCCGCCGUUGGCCGUAUCGGCCUCUGCCAGCCCCCAGCAGGCUGGCAGUGCGGGGAGCAGCAAGCCCUACCGGCCCUGGGGGACGGAGGUGGGAGCCUUUUAAGCGCCCCCUCUCCUUUCCACAGCCUGCUCCCUCCUCUCCCUGCGCACACACACACAUGCACACGCGUGCGUGCACACGUGCACACUUGUGAGGCUCCUGCGGUGGCCUGUCCUCGCUGAGGGCAGAGGGGAUGCCAUCACCCCGGGGCAUGGCAGCGGUGCUGCUGUCGCCGCAGGUGCCGGAGGGGACGUGGGGCACCCCGCUCCUCCCGGAGGGUCUCGCCGAGGGCACCUCGAGGCAGCGGCUUUCGGAAACGUCACGACUGCCUCGGCACGCGGAUGUUUCCUGGGAGAUGUGUAGGCACUAGGACUAAGAAUAAUCCUGCGGCUAUGCCUCCGUAUUUGGCGGAGAGGCGAGGGAUCGUACCUAUCAGGUCUCCUGGGGCUCGAAAACGAGUUCAGCUUUCCUAAGUGCCUGACAUUUAAAUGAUAAUAAAAAGAAAAUUUUAUAUAUAUAUAUAUAUGUGUGUUCUGCUAAAACAAAUAACAUUGCACAGGUAUGGGAAUGGUCUGGGAGAGAGGGAGAGUCCUGCGUGCGGCUUCAGGACGUUGGUAUCUUUCCAGGAAGGAGUGUGCUCUUUUAGCAGCCAGGUUCGCUUAGCCCAAAGACUGCCAAGAAAGAACGUUCAGUCUGACAGGCCUGGUUUUCGCUUGCUUAGUCUCCUUCCUUUGUACAGACUUGCCAAAUUGUGACAUCUAGCAUAGCGUCGGUAAGAGCGAUUAUCUUAUCAGUGCUCGGAUUAAUGAACGUUUCAGCACUGCCUGUGAGCCUUGAGGCACCCUUUUUUAUGGCUUAAAUACGGUGCUAGCUCAUAUCUGCACAAACAGCGCGUCUGUCAUGCACCCAGGAGUAACCACCUACUUACAGCGUGCACACUUCCAUAUGGCCGGCUCAUGUCAAUGCGAGAGACUCGGUGCUGUGAGAGUUUAAAUUAACUUAUUUAGCUGCAAUGGGACAUUUACUGUCAGCCGACUCUGUGCAAGAUCCCUCUUCUUUUCACUAUCAACUUCUGGGAUAACGAUCGCUCUGGGUAUGAAUGAAGUUACGGUAGGGACAAUUCUUAAAUUGGCUAUUAACAUGCCAACAUUGUAAUGUGGGUUUGAUUCCAAACCAAAAUGAAUGUAUUAAAGGGGAUGGCAGUAAAUUAUUUUGUCAAUACCCAGACAACUAGUGCUGCAUAAAAUGUUUUGCUUUCAUUUUUUAUUACAGUGACUUAAAAUAACCUAAGUAUUUUAAUACAUCGAGUCAAAAACUAGAGAUUUUAUGUAAAAAAAAAAAAAAGUAAAAAUAAAACACAGCAUGUAUUAUUAUGCACUUGAUUUCUCUGCUGUGUGGAGAAAGCAGUAAGCAUUGAGAAUGUUAAACAUUAUGCAAAAUAUACUUUAAAAUAUUUGUUUUAAAAAUACUGUACCUAGUCGGUCUUUUAUGCAUUACUUUGUUAACCUUUUUUUCUAUGCAAAAGUCUUUACAUAUCACUAAUUAAACGAAGUCCUUUUUGACUGCGUUUUAUGGA